UGUUUGUUAUUUCACCUCCCUUUUUUGUGAUUUAUUUGUUUUAAUUUGUUUGUUUUUUUCAAGCUUCAUGAAAUUGCAAGUGAAAGCUUUAUUAUACAUGAAUUUUUUAAGAGGGAAUACCAAUAAAAUAAGGUUAGUGUAUGUCUGUAGCUAUUACAGUUUUGACCAAGCAGAGUGAGGGGUCACGUCAACUUAAUGCCGUGACUCCUUUGCACAUUAAUGCCUUACCGUCUCAGUUCAAUAUAUAUUUUACCAGGGUUGCGCUAUCUUCCCCUUCCAACCACUAGCCUGACAACAGCUAAGCAUCAAUUGAGUUAAAGUAUCCAGGAGGUAGAUUUAAAAAUUAAUUGCAGGUGUUUGAGUGACUAAUUGAUUGAAAAUGAAAUAGUGAAAGAAAAGCACUAAACAGGUGACGCAUAAAAAGGUAAAAAAAAGGCAAAAGUAAAUGAAAUAAAAGAUAAACUGCAAUCCGUUAAAUGAUGGACUCGCCAUAACUUUUGUUCCUCGUUGGAGAAAGUGUACAGGAAAAGUGUCCAUCACAAAGAUAAAUGGUACAAUAUUUGAGAGAGAAACGAAGAACUAAUAUUUUGCCGUUAAAAACGCUCUAUACUUAUCGCUUACUUAAUGGCUUCAUAACUGUAUAGGAAGGCUGUGGGGAGACAAGUGACGAGGAAAAAUGAGCUUCAAAAUAAUACUGGUUAACUUUUCCUCCUACGUCACACGAUCCCAAACACUUCAUUCCCUAAACUCGUUUGGUAGAAGGUGAACAGUACCGUAGUGCUCCUGUUACUGCAAAGGGAAGCAAAUGCGGGACACUAACUACACCCGGGUACUACAGUAUAGCGAGGAAAGCUGCAAGAGGCUGAGAAGUCUGCACGUGGCAUCAGUCAUGCAGCUAAACGAAACAUUGGUCACGGAAAGAAGACUAAUCGUGAGGUAGCGGCCGUGUUUUGUGGAGUGCUGGACAUCCAGGCAGUGGUUCCUCAGUUGUUCCCAUGCUACUAGGAUGGCGACCUGUAGUGGCCUGCUUGGUGUGGCGACUGUUGUGCUGGGGCGCAGUGCAGGCCAGGGUGUUCUCCGGGGACGUAGUCUCGGCCGAGGAUGGCGCGUCUGUGGGUGUGUCGUGCCUGCAGGAGGAGUGCGACUGGCGGGGCUGGAGUGACUUCAGUUCGUUUAAGAAAGUGCCGGUAUUUCAUCCCGGAGAGCAGGAUGGCCUGGUGAUGACCGUCCUGCACGAGACCACGGGUGUUGUCCUGCUGAGGAAGACAUUCCGCACGUGGCACAUCUACAGCCACGCCCUUGACCUGGUGUGGUGGGUGGGGAGGCUGCGGGCAGGGCGAGUGGUGGUGCUAGUAGUGCGGGGGUCGGGAACAUACGGGUUGGGGGACGCAAUUCCGGCCCUCACUGAUUUAGGUUCUCUGUUGGCUCGCCACGCCCCGCCAAGCGCUCUUCUGGCGUGGGCGUUUAUUGUGGGCGGGCGUACCCUAUUAGAGACUAUGAGUCCUUACCAUCGGCCCUCUAACACCAGCCUCCACGCCCACUUCCUGCUGCCCGCCGCCCCCAUCCUGCCAGUGUUACCUGGUGGCCUCGUCCCUGUCUCGCAGGAACGUGUCUGUGACUCUCAAGCAGCCUUGGGGCCAUUGUGUGAUCCUGUGGCUCCUCUAGUCAUGACGCUGUCAUUGGUGGAAGAUGGUCAGAAAGAGGAGGGGAAAGGAAAGGUAGGAGUGGUGGUGUGUGCCGGUGGGAGGUUCCAGUACCUUGCCCACACCCUCGUCAAACUCCUGCACAACCGUGGCCUCGCCCCGCAUCAUGUCAUUGUGGUGUUCAGUGGAUUGCCAACCCCCGAGGUGCUCACGUUCCUGGAGUUGCUACAUCUCAGACACAGCGUGGUGGACGUGCCUUUGGAAGUGCCGUCGAUCAAUCAUCGUUUGUUUAAGUUUUAUCGCGAGGCGUGGCGCGUAGGGGUGGUCACUUUCCCUGAUGUUCUUUAUUUGGCCUUCCUGGACGAGGACGUGGAAGUGUCUCCAGAUUGGCUGUCACUGCUGCUGCACCUGGCCCCAGCCCUAACCCUAGACUCCUCCUUGUGGUGUGUGACUGGAUCUGGCUCCCCACAUCCCGCCCAGUACCGCGAUCCUCGCCGAGUGAUACGCGCGGGGCGUCAGCCUGGCUGGGGCUAUCUAUUGCUGGCAGCAGAGGCACGGUCAGUGGUGGGGACGUGGCCGGACGCAGCCCAGACACUUCUGUAUGACACCUUCCUGAUGAAGACAGUCGGGCGAGGGCGGGAGUGUGUGUUCCCCAUGCUGGCUCGCUCCCGCCACUACGGCGUGGGCGUCAACACGGAGCCAGAGAUCCAUCACUUUUACUUUCUGGGGCUUCCGCUGCACGAUGGCUCCCCAGCUGUCUUGCCCCCACCCGAAACCCUCACCCAGCAGCAGUACGACAGCCAGAUGUGGGCACGCUUGCGGGUGGCGGUGCCCGUCACCAGGAACCCCUGCGCCCCGGGUUUCCUCCGUGCCCCUGAUGAUGGCCCACCAACAGACUUGGUGUUUUUCUUCUUCAUGGAUAAUCUGAAGAACUCACUUGAGUGGGCCAUGCUGGGGGAGUGUGUGGGCGCCUGGCCUUACUCCACCCAGGCCAUGCACCGCGGAACUGUGGAGCUGCCACAGGCCUGGGGCGGCUCAAUGUGGCUGGUUGGGGUGCCGGCCUCCCCCUAUCACACUCUGAGGCCCCCUGCCGUGCCCACGUGGCGUCCCGUCACGGACAGGCAGCUGGAAGAGCACGACCAGUACUUUUCGUCCUUGAGGCCUCGUCCGAACCUCACCGCCAGGACCAUGGACGCCGCCCUCUCGCACCUCUUCCUCUCGGCCUCCCUGCCCAAGGACGAUAAACCAGGGCCCAGCUUAGCGGCAACAGACAUCCCUCCCAGUGACGGAACAUCGGACGCUACACCAAUGGAUGCCCCCAAUAACACAGUCUCCACUGUAACGACACCGAGCCCCUAUGCUAAUGACUUGACAGCUAUUACGACACCAUCAGACUCCGCUGGCGACCUCUCAGCACUCAGCUCGACACCAACACGUUCCUCGCCGCUGCUGGAGUCAUUGCCUGCUGCUGUCUUGGAAGGAACCACCGAGCCUGUCAGUCCUCCUCACAAUAAUAAGACUGACAUGUAUGUAGAAAAUAGCGAAUUUAACAGUACAACACCCACAAGUACCUGAAAGUAAUGAAGAAACUAUCAGCUUUUCCUUUGUUACUAUUAUUAUUAUUAUUAUUAAUAUUAUCAUUGUUAUUAUUAUUAUUAUUAUUAUUAUUAUUAUUAUUAUUAUUAUUAUUAUUAUUAUCACUACUUCAUUGUGUGUGGUUCAUCAGAUACUUUCUGCUUAAACCAACAGAUCUUCAUGUUUUUUCCAUAUA